AUGAGAUCUGCAGUGGCCUACACUGAGUACCUGCUCUCUCAACCCAGCCAGAAACAUACCGAGACUAGGAGAGCACGAAAUAGGAACAGAAACCACGAGAGAAGCAGGUGGUGGUUCUUGCUUGAUAGGCUAGCUGCUGUAAUGGUAGUAGGUGCUGUGUUCCAGUUCAUCAGAAGACUGAUUGUGCUUGUGAUAGGCAUUGUGAAACUCAGUUACAGAAAGGCUGCUGAGUACCAGCCUGUUCGCUAUAGCAACAUCCCUUUGUCCCCCCUCACUGAGACAAGACUGAAUUCUGUUCGGCGUAAGAUUAUGGUAUUGGACUUGGACGAGACAUUAAUCCACUCCCAUCACGACGGAACUGCAAAUGAGUUCACUCCGAUGACGCCCCCGGAUUUCAUUGUCAGAGUGAAGAUAGAGUUGAAGCCAGUUCGAUUCUUUGUCCACAAGAGACCUCAUGUUGAUUACUUCCUAUCAGUGGUGAGUCAGUGGUACGAGUUAGUGAUCUUCACAGCGAGUAUGGAGAUGUAUGGAAUGGCAGUGGCCAACAGAUUAGAGAACAACAGAAACAUAUUCCAGAGACGGUACUUUAGACAGCACUGUACGAUGAACUUUAAUGGCUACACAAAGGACCUGUCCACCGUCUGUGUAGAUAUGUCCAGCAUAUUUAUACUGGACAAUUCACCGGCUGCAUACAGAGAAAAUCCAGACAAUGCUAUCCCGGUCAAGUCUUGGUUCAAUGACCCUCACGAUACAGCACUACUGGACCUACUCCCAAUGUUGGAUGCUCUUAGAUUCUCAAAUGACGUUAGACAAUUCUCAGUAGAAAUUUACACUUGCAUCAGCUCUGGUGAAGGCUUGUAGGGUUUUCAAGUAGAAUGGAUAUGUUCUGCAUUUUCUUUUAUGUAUUAUAUUUCCCACUACGAAUUAUUUGUGGUGUUUUAGAAAAUUUGCUUUUUGUACCAUACUAAUGAUUGCAGGCAAUAAUCAAUAUUUAAAAUCGUA